CUUAAUCUCCGCCCCGUAGGGGCGGGGGUGGCGCGUGGCGAGAAGAGGCGGAGAGGGGCGUGGCAAAACCCUAGAAAACCCUAACCCUCUCCCUCUCCCCCUUUCUCCCUCCUCGAUCGAAACCCUAGAUCCCGGGAUCGUCUCCUUCCUUUGAUGCGUCGCUCUAAUGCUCCACCUCGCGCGAUCGAUCCCGGGGCAGCCGCCGCCACCACCACCACCAAGAUGGACUCAUCGGCGCUGCCUCAGCUCCAAUCGCUCCUCCUCUCCCAGAUCCCUUCCUCCAUUCCUAAGCUCAGCCGCAGCAGCGGCGGUGGCGUCUGUGUCCUCGCCGCCGCUUCCCCAGCCUUGGCCGUGUUCCUUUACCUCCUCGUCGCAUCACGCGGCUGGACGCCUCCGGAAUUCGCUAUUAUCAUCGAUGGUGGGAGCACGGGAUCCCGGAUCCAUGUCUUCGGGUACCGGAUCGGGUGGGGAGGAGUUCCGCAGCUCGAUCUCGAGCGUACAGCUUCGAUGAAGGUGAAUCCGGGUCUUUCGGCGUAUGCGGAGGAACCCAGCCGUGCCGGCGAGUCUCUGCUAGGGCUUUUGGAGUUCGCGAGAGGGAUGGUGCCGAGGGAUCGGUGGGGGGAGACGGAGGUGAGGUUAAUGGCGACCGCGGGCUUGCGGCUUGUUGAAGCUGGGGUUGUGGAGAGGAUAUUGGAGUCUUGCAGGAAAGUUCUUAAGGCUUCGAGGUUCCGGUUCCAGGAUCAAUGGGCCGGUGUGAUCUCAGGCACUGAUGAAGGCAUAUAUGCAUGGGUUGCGGCAAACUAUGCCCUGGGCGCUCUUGGAGGUGACCCUCAGAAAACAACUGGAAUACUUGAACUUGGUGGAGCAUCUGCUCAGGUGACAUUUGUUACAAGUGAACAUUUGCCCUCAGAGUUCUCACAGGUGCUUAAGCUUGGGGAUGCCACAUAUAAUCUAUACAGCAACAGCUUUCUACAUCUUGGUCAGAAUGUGGCAUAUGAAUCACUUCAUGAACUUCUUAGCUCAAGACACCUGAAAUCAAAAUCACUUCAGGAGGUGAUAUAUAGAGAUCCGUGCUCUCCUAGAGGGUUCUUGCAUAGUAUGAGAUCACUGAAGCUAUCUGCUGGCGUCCGGUUCACUGCUUAUGCAGUUGGUAAUUUUUCUGAGUGUAGAUCUGCUGCAUUGGCACUGCUCCAGAAAGGAAAAGAGAAAUGUGUAUAUCAUCACUGCCCCUUGGGUUCAUCCUUUGUGCCGAAGCUGCAGGGGAGAUUCUUAGCUACAGAGAAUUUCUUUUACACUUCAAAGUUCUUUGGGCUUGGUCCAACAUCAUUUCUCUCUGAUUUAUUGUUGGCUGGGGAACGAUUUUGUAACGAAGAUUGGUUAAAGCAUAAGAAGCGCCAUCAUUCUUUGGAUGAGGAGGAACUCCUCUUAUAUUGCUUCUCCUCAGCAUAUAUCGUGGCCUUACUGCACGACAGUCUUGGCAUCGCUUUGGAUGAUAAAAGGAUUGAUUUUGCGAACGAGGUGGGCAGCGUCCCACUCGACUGGGCACUCGGUGCUUUCGUCAUGCAGAAAGCAUUAAACCCGAGCUUCAGCUACUCGGAUUGGAUAACCGAUGCAAUCGGUGUUACUGUUAACCCGUCGACGGUCCUUUCUAACUUCAUAAUCCCCGCUUUUUUAGCCCUUACAGCAUGGUCCAUUUUGAAAUGGAAGAAGCCCCUCUCAGAAACUAUGUUUUACUGGGAGAAAUGGCGAUACGUUAUUACGCGAGUCGACCGGUGAUUUUUAAAGGUAUAGCCUCUUCUUUUGUAAAGUAGCUCAACAAGUUAUUUCAAUUUAGUUUUGCUUUAAUUGAAUGAUUCUAUCAUUAUCUCUAUAGUUAGUUUAUUGGGAGCUUUCUUAAGACCAUCCCCAAAGAGAGAGAAUCCCUUGUGUAUCUAUACAAAAAGAAAAAUGCACUUCUUGGCUUAUGAAUGUAUAUCUUUGACACAAUAUGGUAGGGGAAAAAUUUACACUAAUAAUUUAGAAUUUCUAUUAGUGAAUUUAUGCUUGAACACAUUGUUAUGUAAGUCUACAUUUUUAGUUCUUUUUUUUUUUU